AGCAGCUCUGAGCCCAUCAUUAGCGAAGGGGAGAGGAUAGAACCAGCAGCAGGUGUGGACGCUGGCCGGAUGGUUAAAUCUAACCUACAGACGAUUUUGAAUAGUCAUUGUUUUGUUAGAGAAAAAGAGAGAAACUUAUCCGAGAUGCCUGUUAUUGAGCAAUCCAGUAAUAAACCUGAAAGUGAAAGUCCUAGGAGGUGCUCCCGCUGUUGCAGUAACCAGUGUCCGGGGCCUCUGUGGUGCUCCGAUGCCCCUCACCCACCCCUGAAGAUCCCAGGUGGGCGAGGGAAUGACCAGAGGGAUCGCAAUCUUUCAGCUAAGCUAUUUUACUCUGAUACACAGUUACUGGUUCUUGAGGAGCCCCCCCCUGCCAACGGGAGAGUGCGCUUCUUGCUCUUUGAGCCCCGUCGCUCUGAGGGCAAGCACUGUGUCUGGAGGGCGGCGCUGAAAGGAGGGAACCUUUAUGUUGAAAUCCCUCCUGGAGCUUUGCCCGAGGGCAGCAAAGAUAGUUUUGCCCUUCUGCUGGAAUUUGCAGAAGAGCAGCUGCAAGUUGAUCACGUGUUCAUCUGUUUUCAUAAGAGCCGUGACGAUAGAGCAACCCUGCUGCGUACAUUCAGUUUCCUGGGCUUUGAGAUUGUGAGACCAGGUCAUCCCCUUGUCCCCUCCCGCCCUGAUGCUUUCUUCAUGGUUUACAGCAUCGAGCGAGACUCCUCUGAUGACGAUUAAAUGACGCUGAGCAGUUACAACUGAUUGUUGUUCUCUUUUCAGUCCGUACCCACACAUCUUUAGUUCAGUAGGGUUGAGGUUUCCUUUGUUAUUACCUACUAUGUGCUGUGUUCCAUUGAUUAUUGCACUAGGGUAGGAUGUUAAUAUACCAGGAAUGUAAAGCAAGCGCCCACAUACUAUCCGGGCAUUGUGUCCUCACCACUGUAUUACUUUCCAUGAUGUGUAGUGUGCUGACCUCGUAUUAUCUCUCCCUGAACACCCUGACGAUCAUCUCCACAGUGGAAUAUUUAUGAUCAAUUUAAAUCCAUCUUACUCGUGAAAGUAGAUAUGUUUCAGUAAGUAUCAGUUUUCUCCUGUUUAAAUUGAUUUUUGUUUUUUUUAAAUUUCUGCAUGAUUUUGAUUUUUUGCUUUUAUUCACUUGAUAGAAAUCUGCAUGUUGUAACUACUAAAUAAAAGUGCUCACCUAAGA